UUGCUCACCACUUCUCUUCUUCAUCCUCCUCAAAAUGGCCACAUGCUUCUGCCUGCAGCGUCUGCCUAAUGUGCCCUACCAGCAUCCCCGUCUUGCCGUUAUGGGGCCGCACGAACGCGGACACUGGGCCUUCUCGUGUCACGGUGUUGAGGGAAUGAAUGUCUCCGAUGCCCAUGCAGGACGGCUCCAAGAUCUCGACGGACACGACGACGAGCUGUUCCCCGCCUGCUUCUCCAGGGUCACCUGCCUCAUCGCUGUGCGUAACUUGUCCAGUACUACCUUCGUGUGACCUGC